CAUCUGAUCCGCCCUAUUAGCAUACGUGACGUCACAUGCCCGGAAUAAAUAAGAGGGGGCUUUGACCAUGGCUCAGGACCACUCUGUCUUGGGACUUCGGGUUUGCUUCUCUUUCUUUCCGCUACUCCAGCUGCUACUCUCCAAAAUGGCCGAAGAAGCUGCAGCCCCCGCCGCAUCGGACUUCUCGCCCGACCAGAUUGAGGACUUCAAGGAGUCUUUUGGCCUCUUCGACAGAGUCGGUGACAACCAGGUGGCCUACAACCAGGUGGCCGACAUCAUGCGCGCUCUGGGCCAGAACCCAACCAACAAGGACGUUGCAAAGAUUCUGGGCAACCCAACCCCCGAUGACAUGGCCAACAAGAGGAUCAACUUCGAGGCUUUCCUGCCCAUGCUGAAGCAGGUUGACGGCGCGCCAAAGGGUAGCUACGACGACUACGUUGAGGGUCUCCGCGUCUUCGACAAAGAGGGCAACGGCACAGUCAUGGGCGCUGAGCUGCGUAUCGUGCUGUCCACCCUGGGAGAGAAGAUGUCUGAGCCAGAGAUUGAGGCCCUUAUGACCGGCCAGGAGGACGAGAACGGCAGCAUCCACUAUGAGGCUUUCGUCAAGCACAUCAUGUCUGUGUAAGAGGCCAGCAGUAGGAGUGCUGAAGAAACUGUAGCUCGCCUACAGACAGCCUGACAGUGUUCUAAACAUCUACACUGUACCAAAGACCAACCAAGGAAAGACAAGGACUAUGUACAAGGGAUGUUGAAGCAAACCCAUCUUGUUGUUUAUUUUGUUUUCCUUUCCAUUUCGUCCCAAAAACCCUCCUCUCUCGGGACACCACCAUCAACUCUCCAUUGUAGACCGCACAUCGCAUGGCCUCUACUCCACCCGGGGGCGCGUCUCCACUUGCCGCAAUGGGGUGAGGAACGGGGGAGAAGGGGUGACCGCUCAUCAAGUGAGGGUAGAUCCCUCACCUCCCACCGCCACCUCAUUCAGUCACGCCAUCACUGGCCCAGCAGUGCCAAAGGUGCUGGAGAACGGUCGUGGAUAGACAGCCAAAAGUCUCCCACUUCCCUGAAAAGGUUUUGUUUAUCGUCACUCUGUUCAUUUCAGAAUAAACUUUUCCAGCGUACAUCCAC